UAGAAUAUAAUAGCGCACACCUGCAUGAUGGGCAUGAUUGAACGUGAGCGUCGCAUGAGACGCUCUCAGAUGAGGAGACAAGCGCUGCGGAGAGCAUCGAUGUCCUGGGAUAUGCCGGAUGUGGAGUUCAUCAGCAAUUACAGGCUGUCGUUGCCGUUAUUUCAACAGCUUGUUGAUGAUCUCGCGCCGUUCAUGCCCCAAAGGCUUAGCUUAGAUCAACAGGGAUCUCUGCGGAGUUCAAUAUCAUGGCUGCCUUAGACUUUUACGCCGGGGGCAGCUAAGAGGCGGGUUGGAAAAGAUUAUAAUUUAAGGCUCUGCCAGACUGCUGUCCACAAGUGUGUGGCUGAAGUCACAGAUGCCUUAAAUGAACCAGCAAUUCUCUAACGGCACAUCGCCUUCCCUGGUAACCGUGAGGAGAGAAUGGCGGUUAUGAGAGGAUUCAUGGAUGUCUUUGGCUUCCCUGGUGUUGUGGGCUGUAUUGAUGGCACAAACAUUGCCAUCAUACGGCCCCAUGAUUAUGAGGAGGCUUUCUUUAAUAGGAAGCAUUACCACUCCUUAAAUGCAAUGAUUAUAUGUGAUGCAGAUCUCAAUGUACUUCAUGUGGAUGCCUCUUAUGGAGGUGCCAGCCAUGACUCGCAUGUGUGGAAUAGGAGCGCUUUGGAGGCUCACAUGCGAAGUCUGACUGAAGCCGGUGAAGUGUGCUGGCUAUUAGAGGAUUCUGGAUAUUGGAUACGCCCAGCGGGAGUGGCUGAUGACUCCUAUUCUGCAAGCAGCUCCGGAUUCUCCAGAAGUACACUACACAGAUCUUCACUGUAGCACCCGCAACACUGUAGAACGGUGCAUUGGAGUAUUGAAGGCUAGGUGGCACUGUCUUCUAGCGCACCGAACUCUCCACUAUGAUCCAGUCAAAGCUGGGAAAAUUGUCAAUGCGUGUAUCGUAUUGCACAACAUCUGCAACCGUGCACGCAUUAAAGUUCCCACACUGGACGGGUAUGAUUUGAGAAGGGACGGCAGAAGACAACCAGCGCAGCCAGUCUAUGUUGGAGAUGGGGCCACUUCACGAGGGUUGGUGGAAAGAUUGUGGAGGGACCGGCACAACUACAGAUAAGCGCUCGAUAACGAUUACAAACGCUGCUUCUUCUCAGUACUAACCCACAAUAGUUCAGAAGCAGUGGUAGGAUAAAGUUAUGUUGGGACAUGUAAAAGUGCCUGAUAAUGAAUCUGACGAAGAAAGUCAUACUGAUUCACAAUCCGACGAUGGAAUAGAAAAUGAAUACAAUUUGAAUCAGUCAUAUUAAAAUAACAAGUAUAGACGAACAAAUAAAACAAAGGCAGAAAUGACGCGAAAAUUCGAGAGCGUAUUACCGCAAAAAAAAGGAAACUAGGGAACUAUUACAAGUAAAUAUUACAGAAGAAAAUAUUGAAGAAGAAGUGAAAAAUUCAAAAUACAGUCAAACAAUUUCUAAAACGUCAAGUCGCAAAAAUUGGAUUACUAACCCAGUUGUUAGUAGCACCUUGCUGUAAAUGUCAUCAUAAUUAUAUGGCUGUCCAACGAGGCAAAAAUCGGAGCUAAUAGUUCAGUAUUGAUAGUAGCGCCUUCCUGCUGCUGGGACGGCUCAGUUUUGGACAACUUUUAUACGAAUUAUUGAUAAAUUCAAUUUUUUAAAUAAAAUUUAAACCUUUUUUAAUUAAAACAAUUUGAAAAAAUUCACUUUUAGCGUUCCUUUUACGGUAUCAUCGA